AUGAUACCACUACACCAGCGGCGCGCCUGGUGAGCUAUGGCUCUCUGUGUCCUUCAUGAAUCCGCUCCCAGCGCCGGCCCGGGUCGUGCUCCCGGCCCGCCCAUCGCCCUCUGCCCUUCGCCGCCGCCAUGCCGGGCCUCUGCUGGCUCCUGCUGCUGCUCUCCGCGCUCUGCCCGCCCGCCCUCAGCCUCCGCCAUGGGCCCUCCAAGAUCGCCGUGGUGGGCGGCGGGAUCGGCGGCUCGGCCGCCGCGUAUUUCCUGCGGCAGAAGUUCGGCCGCAGCGUGCAGCUGCACGUGCUGGAGAAGGCAGCGGUGGGCGGCCGGCUGGACACGCUGGACGUGGAGGGGGCCAGCUACGAGUCAGGGGGGUCCGUGAUCCACCCCCUCAACCUGCACAUGAAGCAUUUUGUCAAGGAGCUGGGCCUCUCAGUCAGCUCACCCCAGGGCAGCCUCGCGGGCGUUUACAACGGGGAGGAAUUUGUGUUUGAGGAGAGCAGCUGGUCCUUCAUCAACCUCCUCAGGCUGCUGUGGCACUAUGGCCUGAACCCCCUGCGCAUGUCCAUGUGGGUGGAGGACAUCCUGGACAAGUUCAUGAGGAUCUACCGCUACCAGAUGCACGACUACGCCUUCAGCAGCAACGAGCGCCUGCUGCACGCCCUGGGAGGCGACGACUUCGCGCGCCUGCUCAACCAGAGCAUCGACGAGGCCAUGCAGAAAGCGGGCUUCUCCCAGAAAUUCAUCAACCAGGUGGUGUGCCCGGCCAUGAGGGUGAAUUACGGCCAAGGGGUCACCAUCAAUGGCUUUGUAGGUGCUGUGUCCCUGGCUGGGGCGCAGUCAGGCCUUUGGUCUGUGAAAGGGGGGAACAAACUUGUGUGCUCCGGCCUCAUCUACUCCUCCAAGGCCGAGGUUAUCCCGGGAACAGUGGUGUCCAUCGAGCCAAAAAGCAGACACAAGCGUGGCGGGGACGCGGUGAAGCUCUACGAGGUCACCUACAACACGUCCUCGGGGCUCACGGGGGACACCUACGACAUCGUCCUCAUCGCAGCCCCGCUCGGCCGCAAGAUGGCCAACAUCACCUUCCGGAACUUCGACCCUCCCGUCCCGGAAUUCCUGAAUCCCUACCACCAGACCGUCACCACCUUGGUGCACGGGCGCUUGAACACCUCCUUCUUCGGCUACCAGGACCCCCAGGCCUUUCACUUGGGGGCCAUUUUCACCACGGACAACCCCAAACUGUUCAUCAACAGCCUGAGCGUGGUGUCCCCCGUGGGGGACACGGGCGGGAAGCUGCCGUUGCCGUCGGCCGUCUGGAAGGUGUUUUCCAACGAAGAGCUCACCAAGGAGCAGCUCAAUUUGCUCUUCUCCUCCUACGACUCGGUGAAGGUGAAGCCGUGGCUGGCGUAUCCCCAGUACAGCGCCCCCGAGAAGUUUCCUCCCAUCAUCCUGCACGAGCAGCUCUACUACCUGAACGGGCUGGAGCGCGCCGCCAGCGCCAUGGAGAUGAGCGCCAUCGCUGCCCGCAACGCCGCCCUGCUCGCCUUCCACCGCUGGCACGGCCGCAGCGCCAGCGUCGACCAGGAGGACCUGCACGAGAAGCUCAAAACGGAGCUCUGACACGCCCCCAGGGCUUAAUUAGCACUAAUCAACGCUGUGCCUCGCCCCUCCAAGGAGGUGUUUUGUAGAAUCACGGAAUCCUUACAGUCGGAAGGUCUUUAAGAUCAUCGUCACCUUCAAGAUCUUCAAGAACAUCAAGACCAUCAAGAUGCUGUAAUUAACUCUAAUGAACUCCGUACUUGGUCCCUCUGUAGACGUGUUUCAUAGGAUCAUGGGAUCCUUAAGGUUGGAAGACCCUCAAGAUCAUCAAGACCUUCAGGAUCUUCAAGAUCAUCAAGAUCGUCAAGAUGCCCUAAUUAACAUUAAUGAACUCUGUGCUUCGCCCCUCCAAGGAGGUGUUUCACUGGAUCACGGGAUCCUUAAAGUUGGAAGAGCGUCAAGAACUUCAACACCAUCAAAACCUUCCAAGACUUUCAGGAUCUUCAAGACCCUCAAGGUCAUCAAGACCUUCAAGUCCAACCAUCGACCCAACCACGUUCACCACUAACGAUGUCCUCAAGAGCCAAAUCCACGCAUUGUUUGGACACUUCCCAGGGUUGAUGACUCUACCAUAGCCUAGGCUGGACAGCCCUUCCUUCCAUGACAAAAUUCCUCCCAAAUCUCAUCUUGACGUCCCCCGGUGCCACCUGGAAGCUGCCUGGCCAGCUCUGGA